AUGUCAACGACUUUUCCAGGACUCGUCCAUGAUGCGGAGAUACGGCACGAUGGAUCCAACAGCUACCGCUUGAUGCAACUGGGCUGCCUGGAGUCCGUGGCCAACUCCACCGUCGCCUAUUCCUCCUCGUCGCCACUGACUUACUCCACCACCGGCACCGAGUUCGCCUCGCCCUACUUCUCCACCAACCACCAGUACACCCCCCUGCACCACCAGUCCUUCCACUACGAAUUCCAGCACAGCCACCCGGCAGUCAACCCCGACGCCUAUUCCUUGAACUCGCUCCACCACUCGCAGCAAUACUACCAGCAGAUCCACCAUGGCGAGCCAGCCGACUUCAUCAACCUGCACAACGCCCGGGCCCUCAAGUCCUCCUGCCUGGACGAGCAGAGGAGGGAACUGGGUUGCCUGGACGCCUACCGGCGCCACGACCUCUCGCUCAUGAGCCACGGCUCCCAGUAUGGCAUGCACCCCGACCAAAGACUCCUGCCCGGACCCAGCCUCGGGCUGGCCACCUCAGGAGCCGAGGAUUUGCAGGGCUCAGUGGAGGCCCAGUGUGGGUUAGUGUUGAAUGGCCAAGGUGGCGUGAUAAGGAGAGGUGGUACAUGUGUCGUUAACCCCACCGAUCUCUUUUGCUCAGUUCCUGGCCGCUUAUCUCUGCUCAGCUCGACUUCGAAAUAUAAAGUGACAAUUGCAGAAGUGAAGAGACGCUUGUCCCCACCAGAAUGCCUCAAUGCCUCUCUCUUGGGGGGGAUUUUGAGAAGAGCAAAGUCCAAGAACGGGGGCCGUUGCUUGAGAGAGAAGUUAGACCGACUGGGCCUCAACUUGCCUGCAGGGAGGAGGAAAGCGGCAAAUGUCACCCUCCUGACAUCCUUGGUAGAAGGGGAAGCUCUCCAUUUGGCCAGAGAUUUUGGCUACACCUGUGAAACGGAAUUCCCAGCUAAGGCAGUUGGGGAACAUCUCGCCAGACAGCACAUGGAACAGAAGGAGCAGACAGCCCGGAAGAAGAUGAUCCUAGCAACAAAGCAAAUCUGUAAAGAAUUCCAGGACUUGCUAAGCCAAGACAGGUCACCCCUAGGAUCCUCAAGACCCACCCCAAUAUUAGACCUCGACAUCCAGAGACAUUUAACGCAUUUCAGUUUGAUCACUCACGGCUUUGGAACACCAGCAAUAUGUGCUGCCCUGAGCACUUUCCAAACCGUCCUCAGUGAAAUGCUGAACUACUUGGAAAAACACACCACGCACAAAAAUGGCGGAGCAACAGAUCCUGGCCAAGGACACGCCAACUCGGAGAAAGCCCCCCUGCGGAAAACUUCAGAGUCUGCCGUGAAAGAGGGCAAAACAGAAAAGACUGACUAG